AUGAUAACUCGGCCUGCAGUGAAUGCUCAGAUAAAUUCUGGACCAAGGGGUUCCUCAAACAAUACCAAGAAUGUGGUGAAUAGUUCAAAAUCUGGUCCUGUGGGCAAAUCUUUAACUACUAAGACCUCUCUUAGGCAGGCUAAAAGAACUGUGCCUACCUCAGUAAAGUGUUCGCUUAGCAAUGUACAGUUACAAUUGAAUACUGAAGCAAAUGGUGACUUAGAGGUGAUUCUCAAUCCCCCACUUCCUUCAACUCGGCUUGCACCGAAAGUUCAAGAUGAUGUAUCCAGCAAAACUGCAAUACCUCUCCCUCAAACUGCUUGCCAUACCAGUGUUAGCAUGCAACGUACUCAACUCCAAAUGGCAAAACCAUCAGGUUUGCGGAUGCCAUCUCCAUCCCUGGGAUUCUUUGGUCAGUCAAAAGCUCCCCCUUUGCAGAAUCCAUCAAGGAGGAAUUCUCAGCCAUCCAAUCUUUCUAUGUCUGACACGUCCAACUUGAGGAAUCUUGGUUCCCCAAUUACAGUUUUUGAAUCAAGGGCCCCACUUGCUCCGAGAAGUUUACCUGAAGUAAUUAAAGACGGAGCAAGAACAGGAAAUAUUAAAGCCUCAUGUGCAACCUCGGGGUGCUCAGUUCCAUCUGCUAUUAACCCUGCCUUGCAUGAAAUAGUGGAAUCUGACUCACGAGUAAGUAAUAUGCAGAAGAUGGAACAGAAAGUGCAAUGCAACGAUAAUGUUUCUAAAGCCAUAAAAGGUCAAAAAGAGUUUGACAGUACUUUUGUCAGCAUAGAUCACCAAAUUCUUGGACAAACAGGACAAUGUACCAGUAAAUCAACUUCUCAAAUAGAAGAUCUAAUGCAGCAGAGAAAUGAUGACGACUUUUUGCAGACAGGAACCCUUCAACAGGUGGACAAGUAUGACACGAACAUGAAAGUUGUUGAUGACAGUGCGAUGAGUACUAAAGGGAGUGAAAUAGAAGAAAAUCCAGACCUUACAUCCCAUUCUAGCUCCGCAUCAGAAGUUACAGCUUUUUCUGUGAAAAGUAAUAUUAAUGAUCACCUGUUUGCAGAAGACAAACCGUCCUAUUUGUCAAUUGAGGAUCAUGGUGUUUCUUCAAAGAUCAAUGUUGGAAAGUGCAACGUCAGUGAAUCAUGUGGGGAACAAGCUGAGAUGAUGGAUGCCUUAUCUUGUGAAGCCGGUCCAAUUUCCAGCAGCGAGAUGCUUCAGAACAAUGUUGCAAAUAUCAGUUCAGAAGUCCAAAACAAUAGUGUAACUGAAAUUGAAAAGUCUGAUGCACCUUCUCCUCUUAGGUCCAUAGAGCAGAAAAAUGAUGGUACUAACUCCCUUCAAAAAGUGGGGGCACAAUUAAAUUUAGAAGAUGCAGGUGUGCAGUCACCGGAUGCCAACACAACAGUUGAAAGCAGCAAAAGUUACAUAAGCACCUUGAUAACUAAUCAGCACGAGGUGGUUGUUAGCGAUGCUGUGGAGAAACCUGAAUAUCUAGAGUUUUCAAAGUGUCUCCUUACGACAGAACAUGCUUUGCGGGAUCAGGUUAUGUUGCAGGUUGAUGAUUGCUUAUUAGGUGGAAAAAGCUUUUUCCCUGAAGAAUCAAAGCUGGAAAAUAAUAUUCAAUCUGAUGAACCGAAAGGUACCGAUGCUUGUGAAAGUGAGUUUAAAAGGUCCAGCAGCCCUUGUCUCAUACUAGUUUCUAUGCAAGAUUGUGGAUCGGAUACAGCUAAGCUGGUGGAGCGUAAAAACCUUGAGGAUAUUCUGCUCGUUUCUGUUGACAGCGAACCAGUAGUUGAGAAUUACAACCAGGAUGCUCAGUUUCAGAAUGACGUUCAGCUCCAUGGCCAUUCUACUUCCGUGGAACUGGAAAACAUGGAUGAAGAUCACCUCACAGAUGCAGUGAGUGCCGAAGAUGUUAAUGUCACUUGCCAGAGAAGUGGACACUUUGGUGGAAGUGGAAACUUUGGUGAAAGUGAACGAGAAGUUCCUUAUAUCACAUGUGAACCAAGUCUUAAAGUGCAAGUUGAAGGUGAUUCUUGGAUAAAUCAUACACCCAAGCAUGAUGAUGCAGAAGACAAAAAGAUCAAUUUAUCAGUUGAAAGUUCUUGCCGUAAUACUAAUUUAAAGCCUGAAGAUAAACUUUCUCUUGAUUAUGAUCAUUCUUCAAUGGGGAAAAUUUAUUUGUUAAGAGGUGAAAAUGAUGUUAGCAAGCACCAGGAAGAGCAAGAUGAGCAGGUAAUGCCUUGCUUUUCUGAAGCUGAUAGAAUACCUCACGAGGAGAAACAGAGUCUAGAGGCUCAUUGCUUGUUCCAUUAUCUUGAAAAGCCCCAGAAAUCACAAGAUGGGAACAACACAGAUGUUUACCUGGAAGUCAGUGUUCAUGAUGGAAGUGGAUUGGAAAGUCUGGGUCAAGCAUUGAAGGAAUCCGAGGCUGCUAAUUGCAUGAUGGGGGAGCCAGAUGGGAACUCCGAUCUUCAAGAUCCAGUUAAUCAAAUUCCCAUCACAGAUGUUGACCUGGAAGUCGGUGUUCAUGAUGGAAGUGGAUUGGAAAGUCUGGGUCAAGCAUUGAAGGAAUCCAAGGCUGCUAAUUGCAUGAAGGGGGAGCCAGAUGGGAACUCCGAUCUUCAAGAUCCAGUUAAUCAAAUAAACAAAGUUCUUCUUGCAAGUGUUCCUGGCGUUAGUUUGGAUCAUGUGUCUCUGGUGGACAACAGCGCUGAAGUUUUAUGUGAGGAAAUUGAUUUUGAGAAUGUUCUCAAAGAACGUGAUGAGGGACCUAUAGUACAUAUUGAUGGUCUUGAUGUGAACAAAAAUGCCGAGUCCUUAGAAGUGGAAGUUGCAGCGACCAGUUCCCUUGAGAUUGCGCUGUCUGUUGAGAAUAUGCGGUGUGUUACGAAGUGUAGACAUGAAAAUGAGCUCAGCAAGGAAGCUAAUUCUCCGAAGUCUUAUUUAGAUCCAAAUGUAAGCAACAACCAAGAAUCUGUCAAUUGCACACAUGACAUUGAACAGCAACACGAGCUAGAAAACACCCUGCCCACAGAAGAUCAGGAUGUAACAAAAAAACGCGAAAAUACUGGGAUCGAAAAGAAGCAAGAUAUUCUGGUUAAACCUCCACCAUAUGCUACUCCAUUUUCAGACGAAUGGUUUGCGGCUUUUGAAGCUGCUGGAGAGGAGAUCUUAACCAUGAAAACUGGUGCCGUACAAAAUUCACCCCAAGACAGGUCACCCGAACCAGGUCCUUGGUCGCCGGUGAAACGAAAGCUUAAUCAAGAAAUCGGGCCAUUUGAUUGUACAAAAUACACCAACACGAAUCAAUGACUGACUUUUUAUCUUAGCGGCUAACCAAGAUUUUUUUUGUUUUUUCCGACUUUUCGUUUUGGCUAGAACCUUAUGGCCUUCUCUAAUUUUGGGCAAAUGUAAAUCAUAUUGUUGCCCCCAAAAGUCUUCAUUCAACUUUUUCCCUGCCCAUAAUGAUACUCGAUAUAAUGUGUAAACUUUACAACGUGUGUGGCUCAGCUUGUUGCUGAAGAACUUGUUUCUGGUUGAUUAAGUGAGGACAGGUUGGGAAAAAUUAUUUUAAUGUGGACAAAUUAGAAGGAAUUAAAAA